AUGACCUACUUCCCUGAGGAGGUGGUGGAGCACAUUUUCAGCUUCUUGCCAUCGCACAGCGACCGGAACACGGUCUCCCUCGUGUGCAAGGUGUGGUACGAGGUCGAGAGGCUGAGCCGACGAGCUGUGUUCGUGGGGAACUGCUACGCCGUGCGCCCCGAGCGUGUGGUGCUGCGGUUCCCCAAUGUGAAGGCGCUCACGGUGAAGGGGAAGCCUCACUUUGCGGACUUCAACCUUGUGCCGCCUGACUGGGGUGGUUACGCGGGGCCAUGGAUCGAAGCGGCAGCGAGGAGCUGUGUGGGUCUUGAGGAGCUGCGCAUGAAGCGGAUGGUUGUGUCUGAUGAGAACCUUGAGCUGCUAGCUCGGUCAUUCCCAAGAUUCAAAGUCCUCGUACUUAUCAGCUGCGAGGGGUUUAGCACUGAUGGUCUAGCCGCUAUUGCGAGUCACUGCAAGCUCCUGAGGGAGUUGGAUUUGCAGGAAAAUGACGUGGAGGACCGUGGGCCCAGAUGGCUUUCCUUCUUCCCUGAUUCCUGCACUUCGCUGGUCUCCUUGAAUUUCGCCUGCAUCAAAGGGGAGGUGAACUCUGGUGCAUUGGAGAGACUUGUCGCUAGGUCUCCGAACCUACGCAGUUUGAGGUUGAAUCGUUCUGUUUCAGUAGACACACUCUCGAAGAUACUAGUGCGAACCCCAAAUUUGGAAGACUUGGGGACAGGUAAUUUGACAGAUGAGUUCCAAGCUGAGUCCUAUGCCAGGCUUACCAGUGCUUUGGAGAAAUGCAAAAUGUUGAGGAGUUUGUCUGGAUUUUGGGAUGCUUCUCCUAUUUGUGUUCCAUAUAUAUAUCCCCUCUGUCAUCAACUAACAGGCCUAAACUUGAGCUAUACUCCUACACUGGAUUAUUCUGAUCUGACUAAAAUGGUCAGCCGCUGUGUGAAACUCCAGCGUCUUUGGGUACUGGACUGCAUUUCGGAUAAGGGUUUGCAAGUGGUGGCCUCCAGUUGCAAGGAUCUACAAGAACUUAGGGUGUUUCCAUCAGAUUUUUAUGUUGCUGGUGCUUCUGCGGUGACAGAGGAGGGACUUGUUGCAAUAUCAUCAGGCUGCCCAAAACUAAGCUCUUUGCUGUAUUUCUGUCACCAGAUGACCAAUGAAGCACUAAUUACUGUAGCUAAGAACUGCCCAAAUUUCAUCAGAUUUAGACUCUGUAUCCUUGAGCCAAAGAAGCCAGAUGCCAUGACAGGCCAGCCGUUAGAUGAAGGCUUUGGUGCAAUUGUCCGUGAGUGCAAAGGGCUAAGACGACUGUCAAUGUCAGGUCUUCUCACAGACAAGGUUUUCAUGUAUAUUGGAAAGUAUGCAAAAUACCUUGAGAUGCUUUCUAUAGCAUUUGCUGGAGAUAGUGAUAAGGGGAUGAUGGACGUGAUGAACGGAUGUAAGAAUCUGAGGAAGCUUGAGAUUAGAGACAGCCCAUUUGGUGAUGUUGCACUCUUGGGAAAUGUUGCCAAGUAUGAGACAAUGCGAUCCCUUUGGAUGUCAUCAUGCAAUGUCACAUUAAAGGGGUGCCAAGUCCUUGCAUCGAAGAUGCCGAUGCUCAACGUGGAGAUCAUGAAUGAACUAGAUGGAAGUAGUGAAAUGGAGGAGAACCAUGCAGACCUCUCUAAAGUGGAUAAGUUAUAUGUUAGUGAAAUGGAGGAGAACCACACAGACCUCUCUAAAGUGGAUAAGUUAUAUGUUUACCGCACAACUGCUGGAGCGAGGGAUGAUGCACCAAAUUUUGUUAAAAUCCUAUAG